UUGGAUACCCAUACAACGUUACCAUCGCAAAUGACUUAUUUUAAUCUUUUUUUAGAUUAUUCAACUAAUCCUGAAGAGAAAACGUCUUUUGUUGUGUUCGACACGAACUAUGAAUCCUAUGCGGGUGUAUACGUAUGCUCAAAAACGCCCACUGGCUUCACACAUUAUAUAGCCAUUGUGUCCAGAUCAUCAGUGGACUUUGACAAAGAAAACAUAAAUAAAUUGCUCGUACGUUUACAUGAUGGUCAUAUUUCACCAGCUGAUUUCAGACUCAAUCACGUUGACCACAGGGACUGUAACUAUGACAAUGUUAAUGAGAACAGUAAUGAUGAAAAUGUCAUUAACAAAGAUGGGAAAGUUUACGUUACUAUCAAAUGGAUACAUCACGCAAUCCCUUUACCGAAUCCUUAAGCAUGCGUUAAAAUCGAUUAAAUACUAAUAAAUUCUAAAGUUGUAUAGCAUGACAACGUAC